GUUUAAAAGAUGAGCAAUCAAAAAAAUGAUUUUUCCGUGUCUAAAAAACGCGAACCCAAAAUUAUUGUAUUUAAAGAUCCCAGCCGUACAUUAAAAAGUUAUAAAAAUAAAUCACUGAAAAACAGUAAACCAAGUACUGAAGAGAACACAGAGGAAAUAAAUUUUGUAAGUAUUGCACGUGAAGUUAAAGAGUUUGGAAUUACGGGUUUUACUAAAAAAGAACAAAAAAAGAGCAUGCAACGCUAUGCUGAACAUUUGGGCGCUCGAAAAAAGAAACAACAGAAAGAACCUUAUAAGUUGCUUAUGGAAAGGAUGAAGGCAAAGAAAAAGAAAGAAGAUAAAAUUAAAUCUAUGGAGCAAUCAAUGGGUAUAUUCAAGAAGAAGAAAAAAGAAGUGAACCUCAAACUUUCCACAAAGCUUAACUUAGGCAGAUGGGUCGAUAAAUCUUCUAUUGGAAAUCAUGAUAAAAAUAAUAUGAUGAAAAUUAAAAAAAAUGCCAUAAAAAAAAAUUCAUAAAAAUA